AUGGAAAAGAAGUUCGGCGACGAUGUGCUUUUGUGCGAUGGUCCAGCAUUGUCCACUGGCGGCUUCUUCUACGAUGCUCUGAUCAGAAAGGAGCUGUCCGCCGGGUUCAUAGCCGGCGAAUCAAUGGAGCAGAGGAUUCAGCGGUUGACGCGGGCAGAUGGGGCCAUCUACAAUGUGACACAGGACGAUAUGAAGGAUCUAGAAGGAGACAUGAAGGCAUUCGGGAAGAAGAAAUCCAGAUUCACAAGACUGGUUGUCCCGCGGACUGUUGCAGAACGGUUGUUUCAAACGAACCCUUUCAAGCUCUACUUCCUGUCUCGGAUACCAGAAGAAGCGCCCGUCACGUUAUACCGAUGCGGCGAUUUCAUCGACUUGUGUCGCGGACCACACGUGCCUCACACCGGAUACCUGAGAGCGAACAAGCUGUUACGAACAGCCGGUGCUCAGUGGGAAACGGGGCAUGCCGGGGCACACCAGCCGUUAUCGCGGGUGUAUGGAAUCGCAUUCCCGAACGCGGACGACUUGAAACAUUGGCAACAUGUGCAAGAAGAGGCUGCAAAACGAGAUCACCGGCUGAUUGGGAAGCAGCAGGGUCUCUUUAUCAUGAAUCCAAUGUCACCUGGGUCACCGUUCAUGCUUCCACACGGGACGCGAAUCAUGCAGCGCCUGAUGGACUUCCUGCGGGCUGAGUACAGACGUUAUGGAUAUCAGGAGGUGAUCACGCCUCUUCUCUUUAACAAGGAACUAUGGGUGACGUCUGGGCAUUGGGAGAACUACAAGGAGGACAUGUUCGUCGUUAAUGGCGGAAGUCAUGACGGACAUGGUGGGUGUUGUGGAAGUGACAAGGCGGACGAUGCCGAGUCGGAGACACAUGGGCUGAAACCAAUGAAUUGCCCGGGGCACUGCUUACUCUACGCCAGCUCCGCAAAAUCGUAUCGGGACCUACCCGUGCGUCUCGCCGAAUUCAGUCCUGUGCAUAGAAAUGAGGCAUCUGGCGCCUUGACCGGCUUAACACGGGUCCGUAAGUUCCAUCAAGAUGACGCUCACAUCUUCUGCCGUCCCGCUCAGAUCGGCUCCGAGAUAUCGGCCACGUUAUCAUUCAUUCAUCGCGUCUACUCCAUAUUCCAAUUUCCUUCAUACCACCUCACUCUCGCUACGCGACCGACGGAGAACUUCAUGGGUACCAAAGAGCAAUGGGACAGCGCGGAGGCCCAGCUCCGCACCGCACUGAGCAACACGGGUCGAGAGUGGACCGUUAAGGAAGGCGAUGGGGCAUUCUACGGCCCCAAGAUUGACAUUAUGGUCAAGGAUGCGCUCGGACGCGCACAUCAAACCGCGACGAUCCAGCUCGAUUUCCAGCUCCCGCAGAGGUUCCAGCUGAAAUACCAGGCGGAAGAUGGCGGCUUUGAGACGCCCGUAAUUGUUCACCGCGCGAUUUUGGGGUCUGUGGAGCGCAUGAUGGCGGUGCUGAUUGAGCACUAUGCGGGCAAAUGGCCGUUCUGGUUGAGCCCGAGGCAGGCCAUGGUUGUCCCAGUUGGGAUGGAUUUCGUCGAUUAUGCUAGGAAGGUUGCAGCGGAGCUCAGCGGGAAGGGCCUCCCACCACCCCCGGCAUCGGGCCAGGACAUAGAUGCGAACGGAAAGCAUCCUACUGCGUGCUGGCACGUUGACGUGGACGAAACGGAUCACCUCCUUUCGAAGCGAAUUCGAGAGGCGCAGACGGCACAAUACAAUUUCAUGCUGGUUGUCGGUGCCAAGGAAAGAGACCUUGGGAAGGUCACGGUUCGACAACGCGACGGGAAGGAUUUGGGGAUGAUGGAUUUGCAUCAAGUUAGGGAACUAUUCACCCGCUUGGAGGCGAAAUUUCUAUGA